AUGUUGUUUAAGUCUCUCACAACGUUAGCCACCGGUGCCGCUUUCUUUGCCGGUGUCGCAACAGCUGGCGAUGUUCCGGCAAUUGAAGUUGUCGGGAACAAGUUCUUCUACUCCAACAAUGGUAGCCAGUUUUACAUGAGAGGUGUUGCUUACCAAGCUGAUACUGUAAACCAAACCUCCGGCUCCACUAUCAAUGAUCCUUUGGCUGAUUAUGACAGCUGUUCCAGAGAUAUUCCAUACCUCAAGAAAUUGGACACCAAUGUAAUCCGUGUUUAUGCGAUCAAUACCUCUCUAGAUCAUUCUCAGUGUUUGAAAGCAUUGAACGAUGCUGACAUCUACGUUAUCGCUGAUUUAUCGGCCCCAGAUACUUCCAUCAAUAGAGACGAACCAAAGUGGACUGUUAACUUGUUCAACAGUUACAAAAGUGUUGUUGACGCCUUUGCUAAUUAUACCAACGUUUUGGGUUUCUUUGCCGGUAAUGAAGUUACUAACAACUAUACAAACACAGACGCCUCUGCUUUCGUUAAGGCUGCUAUUAGAGACGUCAGACAAUACAUUAGCGACAAGGAUUACAGAAAAAUUCCAGUCGGUUACUCUUCCAACGAUGAUGAAAAAACCAGAGUUGAGUUGGCUGAUUACUUUGCUUGCGGUGACGACGAUGUUAAGGCUGACUUUUACGGUAUCAAUAUGUACGAAUGGUGUGGUAAGUCUGACUUUAAAACUUCCGGUUAUGCUGACAGAACUGCGGAAUUCAAAAACUUGUCUAUCCCAGUUUUCUUCUCUGAAUAUGGUUGUAACGAGGUUAGACCAAGAUUAUUUACUGAAGUUGAAGCCUUAUACGGUUCUAAUAUGACUGAUGUCUGGUCAGGUGGUAUUGUUUACAUGUAUUUCGAAGAAACCAAUAAGUACGGUUUAGUGAGUAUUGACGGUAGUGAUGUCAAAACUCUAGAUGAUUUCAACAACUAUUCCUCAGAAAUCAAUAAGAUAUCUCCAACUUCAGCUAACACUAAGUCUUAUUCUGCAACCACAAGUGAUGUCGCUUGCCCAGCUACUGGCAAGUACUGGUCCGUUGCAACCGCACUGCCACCAACUCCAAACGGUGGCUUAUGUUCCUGUAUGAACGCAGCCAACAGUUGUGUUGUCUCUGACGAUGUUGACUCUGAUGACUACCAGGACUUGUUCAACUAUGUCUGCGAUAAAGUUGAAGGAAAUUGUGGCGGUAUUUCAGCAAACGGUACUUCUGGUGAAUACGGUGCCUACUCAUUCUGUAGUCCAAAGGAACAACUGUCUUUUGUUUUGAACUUGUAUUAUGAAAGUAAUGGUGGUAGCGACUCUAAUUGUGACUUCAGUGGUUCUGCUACUUUACAAACCGCUACCACACAAGCUAGUUGCUCUUCCGCAUUGAAACAAAUUGGUAGUUUGGGUACUAACUCGGCUUCCGGUAGUAUUGAUUUGGGCUCGGGUACUGAAACCAGCACUGGCUCUGCCUCUUCUAAGGCUUCAGGCUCCUCUGCCAAGUCUAGCUCUGGUUCUUCCAGCUCUUCGUCUUCUUCAGCAUCUUCUUCUUCUUCCACCAAAAAGAGUGCUGCUACCAACGUUAAAGCUAACUUGGUGCAAGUCGUCUUCACCUCAGUCAUUUCCUUAUCCAUCGCCGCUGGUGUCGGUUUUGCUUUGGCUUAG